AUGUCGAAGACGCUGAAGAAGAAGAAACACUGGCUCAGCAAGGUGCAGGAGUGCUCUGUGUCCUGGGCCGGGCCCCAGGGCGACUUGGGCGCCGAGAUCCGAGGCGGCGCAGAGCGCGGCGAGUUCCCCUACCUGGGGCGGCUUCGCGAGGAGCCAGGCGGGGGCACCUGCUGCGUCGUCUCGGGCAAGGCGCCCAGCCCCGGAGAUGUGCUGCUUGAGGUGAACGGGACGCCUGUCAGCGGGCUUACCAAUCGGGAUACCCUGGCUGUCAUCCGCCACUUCCGCGAGCCCAUCCGUCUCAAGACUGUGAAACCAGGCAAAGUCAUUAAUAAAGAUUUGCGACAUUACCUGAGUCUUCAGUUUCAGAAAGGAUCCAUUGACCAUAAACUGCAACAAGUGAUCAGAGAUAAUCUCUACUUGAGAACCAUUCCAUGCACUACGAGGGCCCCCAGGGAUGGGGAAGUACCAGGGGUGGACUAUAAUUUCAUUUCUGUUGAACAGUUCAAAGCACUGGAAGAGAGUGGAGCAUUGUUAGAAAGUGGAACGUAUGAUGGAAACUUCUAUGGAACUCCCAAGCCUCCAGCAGAGCCCAGCCCUUUCCAGCCAGAUCCGGUUGAUCAGGUCCUCUUUGAUAAUGAGUUUGACACAGAAUCCCAAAGGAAACGAACUACGUCUGUCAGCAAGAUGGAAAGAAUGGACAGCUCUCUUCCUGAAGAGGAAGAAGACGAAGACAAGGAAGCUGUUAAUGGCAGUGGAAAUUCAGAAAGCAGAGAAAGGCAUUCUGAAUCAUCUGACUGGAUGAAGACCGUCCCAAGUUACAACCAAACAAAUAGCUCCAUGGACUUUAGAAAUUACAUGAUGAGAGAUGAGAAUCUGGAACCACUGCCCAAAAACUGGGAAAUGGCCUACACAGAUGCGGGGAUGAUCUAUUUUAUUGACCACAAUACCAAGACAACCACCUGGUUGGAUCCCCGCCUUUGUAAGAAAGCCAAAGCCCCUGAAGACUGUGAAGAUGGAGAACUUCCUUAUGGCUGGGAGAAAAUAGAGGACCCUCAGUAUGGGACAUAUUAUGUUGAUCAUCUUAACCAGAAGACCCAGUUUGAAAAUCCAGUGGAGGAAGCCAAAAGGAAAAAGCAAUUAGGACAGGCUGACAUUGGGUCUUCAAAACCAGAUGUGGAAAAAUCACACUUUACUCGAGAUCCAUCCCAGCUUAAAGGUGUCCUGAUUCGUGCAUCACUGAAAAAAAGCACAAUGGGAUUUGGUUUUACCAUCAUAGGUGGAGAUAGGCCUGAUGAGUUCCUGCAAGUGAAAAAUGUGCUUAAAGAUGGUCCUGCAGCUCAGGAUGGGAAAAUUGCACCAGGUGAUGUUAUUGUCGACAUCAAUGGCAACUGUGUCCUUGGUCACACCCAUGCAGAUGUUGUCCAGAUGUUUCAGUUAGUACCUGUCAAUCAGUAUGUAAACCUCACUUUAUGUCGUGGUUAUCCACUUCCUGAUGACAAUGAAGAUCCCGUUGUGGACAUUGUUGCUGCUACCCCUGUCAUCAAUGGACAGUCAUUAACUAAGGGAGAGACUUGCUUAAAUACUCAGGAUUUUAAGCCUGGAGCAAUGGUUCUGGACCAGAAUGGAAAAUCAGUACACACCCUGACCAGUGAUCGUCUCAAUGGACAGUCAGAUCCAAGUGAGCAGAGAACAUCCAUGGCAUCAUCAGGCAGCUCUCAGCCUGAACUAGUGACUAUCCCUCUGAUUAAGGGCCCUAAGGGCUUUGGGUUUGCAAUUGCUGACAGCCCAACUGGUCAGAAGGUGAAAAUGAUAUUGGAUAGCCAGUGGUGUCAAGGCCUUCAGAAAGGGGAUAUAAUUAAGGAGAUUUACCAUCAAAAUGUACAGAACUUAACACAUCUUCAAGUGGUAGAAGUGCUAAAGCAGUUUCCAGUGGGUGCAGAUGUACCUUUGCUUAUCUUAAGAGGAGGUCCUCCUUCACCAACUAAAACUACCAAAAUGAAAACAGAUAAAAAGGAAAAUUCAGGAAGUUUGGAGGCUAUAAAUGAGCCCAUUCCCCAGCCUAUGCCUUUUCCACCCAGCAUUAUCAGGUCAGGAUCCCCGAAAUUGGAUCCUUCUGAGGUCUACCUGAAAUCUAAGACUUUAUAUGAAGAUAAACCACCAAACACCAAAGAUUUGGAUGUUUUUCUUCGAAAACAGGAAUCAGGAUUUGGCUUCAGGGUUCUAGGAGGAGAUGGACCUGACCAAUCUAUAUAUAUUGGGGCCAUCAUUCCUCUGGGUGCAGCUGAGAAAGAUGGUCGUCUCCGUGCUGCUGAUGAACUGAUGUGUAUUGAUGGAAUUCCUGUUAAAGGGAAGUCACACAAACAAGUCUUGGACCUAAUGACGACUGCUGCUCGAAAUGGCCACGUGUUACUAACUGUCAGAAGAAAGAUCUUCUAUGGUGAGAAACAACCUGAAGAUGACAACUCGCAAGCCUUCAUUUCGACACAGAAUGGAUCUCCCCGCCUGCACCGAGCAGAAGGCCCAGCCAGGCCUGCUCCCCAGGAGGUUUAUGAUGUUGUAUUGCAAAGAAAAGAAAAUGAAGGAUUUGGCUUUGUCAUCCUUACCUCCAAAAACAAGCCACCUCCAGGAGUUAUUCCUCAUAAAAUUGGCCGAGUCAUAGAAGGAAGUCCUGCUGAUCGCUGUGGAAAACUGAAGGUUGGAGAUCAUAUCUCUGCGGUGAAUGGGCAGUCAAUUAUUGAACUGUCCCAUGAUAAUAUUGUUCAGCUGAUCAAAGAGGCCGGUGUCACCGUCACACUGACGGUCAUUCCUGAAGAAGAGCAUCAUGGUCCACCAUCAGGAACAAACUCGGCCAGGCAAAGCCCAGCCCUGCAGCACAGGCCCGUGGGACAGUCACAGACCAACCAUAUACUUGGGGACAGAAGCGCCCUAGAAGGUGAAAUCGGGAAAGAUGUCUCCACUUACAGACAUUCGUGGUCUGACCAUAAGCACAUUGCCCAGCCUGACACAGCAAUGAUUUCGAUUGUAGGCACUCGGCACAAUCAGAGCCUUGGCUGUUACCCAGUGGAGCUGGAGAGGGGGCCCCGAGGCUUUGGGUUCAGCCUCCGUGGGGGAAAGGAGUACAACAUGGGGCUGUUCAUCCUUCGUCUUGCUGAGGAUGGUCCUGCCAUCAAAGAUGGCAGAAUUCAUGUUGGUGACCAGAUUGUUGAAAUCAAUGGGGAACCUACACAAGGCAUUACACAUACUCGAGCAAUUGAGCUCAUUCAGGCUGGUGGAAAUAAAGUUCUUCUUCUUCUGAGGCCAGGAACUGGCUUGAUACCUGACCAUGGUGAUUGGGAUAUGAAUAAUCCUUCAUCUCCAAAUGUGAUUUAUGAUGAACAGUCACCAUUUCCCCCAUCUUCACAUUCUGCUUCCAUAUUUGAAGAGUCUCAUGUGCUGGUAAUUGAAGAACCUUUAAUGAGAGUUCAGAUAUGUGAAAAGGCAGAAGAUUUGAAGGACAUUGUGCCUGAAAAGAAAAGCACUUUAAAUGAAAAUCAGUCUGAGAUAAAGCAUCAGUCUCUUGUCCAGAAAAAUGUGAAUAAGAGGGAUCCACCCAACAGUCAUGGACACAGUGAGGAGAAAAAUCUAUCAAAAGUAGAAAACGGUGUAACACAAAGAGGUCGAUCAGCUAGUCCCAAAAAGCCAGCCAGGCGAUGUGCGGAGGCACAUCUGGAAAAGAUUCCAGGUCCUCUGAAAACUGACCCCAAAAGAAGACCUAGAGAUCGAUCACUCAGCCCCAGGAAAGGGGAGAAUAAAAGUUCCAUCAGCACCAGAGCAGGGGCGGGACGAGGUCCCUGCAGAAAAAGCCGAGAACGGUCUGCUAGCCCAAGGAAGCAGCAAAAAAGUGAAGGAAGCGGAGAGCAACCAAAUGCUGAAGCCAAACUACUAGAGGGUGAGAGCCGACGAACAGGCGGCCGUGCUAGUGACAGUGCUGAGCAGAUGCAGGAAGGGAAAGAAACAUCAGGUGGCAUCAAGAAAGAUACAAAGCAUAGUCAGCCUGGAAAAAACAGAACGAGGUCUCCAGAGAAAAAAAGCAAGCAACUAGAUGAAAAGUCUCUUCCAUCCAAAAAGACUAAUAACACUGUUAGACGAGUAGUAUCUGAAACUGAAAAAGGACAAAAAAACACCGUAGGAGAACUAAGUUCUAGCAAAGAUAGAAUAGGAGAAAAUGUCAGAAUCGCAGAAAAGCAGCAGAAGCAGGAACCUGAAGAGAGAAUAAUUUUAAAUAAAAUAGAAGAUCACAAAGGCAAAGAACUGGAGGCAGCUGACAAGAACAGAGAGGGUGGGGGGCUCAAACCUGAAAGUAGUUCUCCAGUUAAGAAAACACCAAUAACUCCAGGGCCCUGGAAGGUACCAAGUGCAAAUAAAGUCACGGGCACUGGGGUGGCCGAGAAACGGCUGUGA